AUGGUCUAUGAGACUUAUAAUAAAAUCACGAACGAAGAUGAAUUUAUGCGAAUGUUUCGAAUAUAUAGGACAACUCAUGAAAUGCUCAGAGAUAGGGGAUAUGUUAUCCCAGAAGGAUUUGACAGAUAUAAUUAUUUCCAUCGGCAUUGCGUCCAGGAUGUUCAAAAGGAGCAUUAUCCUGGUGACCGUAUCUUGGUUCUUUUCCCCGAUAUUAAAACUAUCGGGAUUAAUUAUAUGAAAGACGUUUGUGUUCGUUUGAGAGAUCUUCAAAUAGGUAAAGCAAUUAUCAUAUAUCCUGGCACGUUUACCAUACAAGCGAGCAAGGCUGUUCAAAGUAUGAACACUACUGAAGAAAGUUUAUACAAAGUUGAAUUAUUCUCUGAAAAAGAGUUGGUUGUGAACAUAACACGACAUGAAUUCGUGCCAAAACAUACAGUUCUUAGUACUGAAGAAAAACGCGCGCUACUUAAAAAAUACAACAUCAAGGAAACACAGUUGCCACACAUUCAAAUAACCGAUCCAAUCUCUAAAUAUCUUGGGGUUAAGAAAGGACAG